CAAUAGACGAUCUUUGACGCGCGUCUCCGACGUGAGAGCGUGAGGCCGAACAGGUGCAUUGUGGGAAGCCGUCUCUGACGCUGUCUGUUGAUUUCUGGACGCCCGACGUCGCUUUUCUCUGCACGCUGCAGGUGGAAUGAGAAGCGGAGCCGACAUUACAGACCGUCGACUCAAGAGAGCCACUUCCGGCUGCGGCGGUCCGGACGGAACCAUGGAGGACGGAGAAGGUGCCAGCUGUGCCACGCCCACCACACCCAACGAGGAGAUGAACGGCGCCGGGAACUUGAUGGACUUCCUGGACGAGCCUUUUCCUGACGUGGGCACGUACGAAGACUUCCACACCAUCGACUGGCUGAGGGAGAAAUCCAGAGACACGGACCGCCACCGCAAGAUCACCAGCAAGAGCAAAGAGUCCAUGUGGGAGCUGAUCAAGAGCCUGCUGGACGCCUGGUCCGGAUGGGUGGUGAUGCUGCUCAUCGGGCUACUCUCAGGUACGCUGGCCGGAGUGAUCGACCUGGCGGUGGACUGGAUGACCGACCUGAAGGAGGGCGUGUGCCUGUCGGCCUUCUGGUACAGCCACGAGCAGUGCUGCUGGACCUCCAACGAGACCACCUUCGACGACCGGGACAAGUGUCCUCAGUGGCAGACGUGGGCCGAGCUGAUGACUGGCCACGCCGAGGGAGGCGGAGCCUACGUGUUGAACUACUUCCUGUACGUUCUGUGGGCGCUGCUGUUCUCCUUCCUGGCGGUGUCGCUGGUGCGAGUGUUCGCUCCGUACGCCUGCGGGUCGGGAAUCCCAGAGAUCAAGACGAUCCUCAGCGGCUUCAUCAUCCGGGGCUACUUGGGGAAGUGGACCCUGCUCAUCAAGACGGUCACCCUGGUUCUGGCGGUGUCUUCGGGCCUCAGCCUGGGGAAGGAGGGCCCUCUGGUCCACGUGGCCUGCUGCUGCGGGAACCUCUUCUGCAGCCUCUUCUCCAAGUACAGCAAGAACGAGGGCAAGAGGCGAGAGGUGUUGUCGGCUGCAGCAGCAGCCGGUGUGUCGGUGGCCUUUGGGGCGCCCAUCGGAGGAGUUCUGUUCAGCCUGGAAGAGGUCAGCUACUACUUCCCUCUGAAGACUCUAUGGCGUUCCUUCUUCGCGGCCCUGGUCGCCGCCUUCACGCUGCGCGCCAUCAACCCGUUCGGCAACAGCCGGCUGGUGCUGUUCUACGUGGAGUACCACACGCCGUGGUACAUGGCGGAGCUGGUGCCCUUCAUCCUGCUGGGCGUGUUCGGCGGCCUCUGGGGGACCCUCUUCAUCCGGGCCAACAUCGCCUGGUGCCGGCGCAGGAAGACCACGCAACUGGGGAAGUACCCGGUCCUGGAGGUCAUCGCCGUGACGGCCAUCACCGCCGUGCUGGCGUUCCCCAACCCGUACACGCGGCGCAGCACCAGCGAGCUCAUCUCGGAGCUCUUCAACGACUGCGGCGCGCUGGAGUCGUCGCAGCUGUGCGACUACGUCAAUAACCCCAACAUGAGCCGGCCCGUGGACGACAUCCCGGACCGGCCGGCGGGGCCCGGCGUCUACAACGCGCUGUGGCAGCUCGCCCUCGCUCUCGUCUUCAAGAUCGUCAUCACCAUUUUCACCUUCGGCAUGAAGAUCCCGUCGGGGCUCUUCAUCCCCAGCAUGGCGGUCGGCGCCAUCGCGGGGCGCAUCGUGGGCAUCGCCGUGGAGCAGAUGGCGUACCACCACCACGACUGGAUCAUCUUCAAGAACUGGUGCCGGCCCGGAGCGGACUGCGUCACGCCGGGGCUCUACGCCAUGGUGGGCGCCGCCGCCUGUCUGGGCGGCGUGACCCGGAUGACCGUCUCCCUGGUGGUCAUCAUGUUCGAGCUCACCGGCGGCCUGGAGUACAUUGUGCCGCUGAUGGCCGCCGCCGUCACCAGCAAGUGGGUGGCGGACGCCUUCGGGAAGGAGGGCAUCUACGAGUCGCACAUCCAGCUGAACGGCUACCCGUACCUGGACGUGCGGGACGAGUUCACCCACCGCACGCUGGCCACUGACGUGAUGCGGCCGCGCAGGAACGACCCCCCGCUGGCCGUGCUCACGCAGGACUCCACCACGGUGGAGGACGCCGAGGCGCUCAUCAAGGACACCGACUACAGCGGCUUCCCGGUGGUCGUGUCCAGAGAGUCGGAGCGGCUCAUCGGUUUCGUCCAGCGCCGCGAUCUCACCCUCGCCAUCAAAACCGCCCGCCAGAAGCAGGACGGCGUGGUGAGCAGCUCGAUGGUCUACUUCACCGAGGACGCUCAGCAGCUGCCGGCCAGUGACCCGCAGCCGCUGAAGCUGCGCCGCAUCCUGAACCUCAGCCCCUUCACCGUCACCGACCACACGCCCAUGGAGACGGUGGUGGACAUCUUCCGCAAGCUGGGCCUCCGCCAGUGUCUGGUCACCAGGAGCGGGCGUCUCCUGGGCAUCAUCACCAAGAAGGACGUCCUGCGACACAUGGCUCAGAUGAUGAACCAGGACCCGGAGUCCAUCAUGUUCAACUAGACCCGGUCUCGACCCCGAGGAGUUUGUUCUGCUGCCAUAUUUAUUCCACGUGUUCCAACUUGUUUCUGCUUUCUUCGACCUGAAGAACCAAAACGUUUGUCUCUUCGGAGUCUCGUGUUCAUUCCACAAGUCAAACGGUUUCAAAGGGGACCGGCUCACGGCCCGCGGGUUCACUUUGGACCCGAAUGAAGCUUUAAAGCACCAACGAGUCCCACAGCAACAACCACUGCACUGGUUUUAUCAGCGGACUCUGGAGAGCCCAACAUAAUCUACAUAGUACUGAUAUUUAUUCUUUGAGGAGUCUCAAAUACGUCUACUGUAGUGAAACACUGACCCUGGAUCAGAACCUCACAGAACCACACUUCUAAACACCUCAACUGAUUCCUUAAUUUAGGAAACAAUGAAGGAAGAAUAAUAAAUGGGUAACGAGAGUAGUAAAUGUAAUAUUUCCACAAAAGAAACAAUCCUAGUUGUUGCUCCUCGACUUUACGCCGUGUUCUUCUUUCCUGCUGUUUAUUCAUAACUGGAAACUAAGAUUUAAAACACUCCAUGUCGUGUUUAAAUGCCAAGAGAAUGUACUAGAACAUAACUGUUUAAUUUAAAAACACUAACUUUAUUCCUGUUUAUUUACUUUUAACCAUUCAUAUUUAUCAGAUGGAUUGCUCUAAAAGGAAACUCCACAUUUGCACUUUUUUUGUCUUAUUUUUUAAUUUGUAAAUGAAGUGAUUGAAAAAUAAACAAUGUUG